AUGCACAUGAAGGAUUAUUACUGGGGCCCAGUCACAUCGACAAUUGACUGGUGUGAAGAAAAUUACACGGUCUCUCCAUAUAUAGCCGAGUUUUUCAAUACCGUAACAAAUUUGAGUUAUAUAUUAUUAUCCUUGUUUGGUGUCUAUAAUGUCUAUCACAACAAGACAAGCAAAACGGUUUAUCUUUCUUAUUUGGGCAUCAUGUUUGUCGGUUUUGGCUCCUGGUGUUUCCAUAUGACACUUCAGUACAAUAUGCAAUUAUUAGAUGAAUUACCAAUGCUUUAUAUCGCAUGUAUCAUGUUAUGGCAUACUUUUAUAGCAGAUCCCUCCAGUACCAUUGGAGCUAAGCUUCCUAUCGGUCUCGCCAUCUAUUCCAUCCUUGUUUCAUACGCCUACAUCAUUAUCAACGAUCCUGUUUUUCAUCAGGUGGCCUAUGGUACUUUGGUUGUCACCGUAGUGUGUCGAGCCAUCCUCUUAUUAAAUAAGGUUCCCGCCCAACGAUACCUGUACGAAAGGGCACAGAUGAAAACCUUGCUUAUAUUGGCUGCGGCUGGAUUUAUUGUGGGUUUCACACUUUGGAAUAUCGACAAUAUCUUUUGUUUGACCUUGAGAGAUUGGAGAAAGACGGUACCUACCCUUACAGGAUCCGUGAGCGAGCUUCAUGGAUGGUGGCACAUUGGCACAGCAUUGGGUGCUUAUUACUUUAUCGUCUUUUGUGAAUGGAUUCGACCUGUAUUAUACAACAAGAACGAAACCUAUCGUUUGUACUGGAUUGGACCUAUUUGCUACUUACGACCUACCAGUAGUAGUGAUAUGAAGGCGAAAUCCACGUGA